AUCCAACCUCAGUUUAGAGCCUAGCUACCUCGACCUCUCGCCAAUCUACACAGUCUAUGGACGCACGACAAGCAGACUACCCGCAGUCAGGUUUGCACUCGCCCUACCCAACCUUUCCUGAAGCAGCUUCUGAGGGAACCUCUGCAGAUCAAGCAUCUGCUGCGCAAUAUCCUCCCUCGGGACCAGACCCACGAUCUUCCAACCUCACUCCGAGUUCAGACUACAGUCUGAACCCUUCGUCUGCGAGAUCAGGCUCGUUCCCCGAGUACAUUCAACGUUCGUAUCAACCCGGCGCCCAAGGGCAAGCUCCCGGUGGUAUGGCGCAACAACAGAGUCCGUCAAUGUCUAUCCCAGAUGGUCCAAAUGGUCAUCAAGCACCGCAACAACUCAAGUCUGACUCGGAUGUUCCUAUAGAUCCAUCAAUCGCCGCUCAGACGAGCCCAACUUAUGCAAGCCACCAGCAGCAGCAAUACUCGCCUUAUACCCCACAUCACGACAUGCAGCAUUAUCCGGGUCAACCCCAAACACCAAUGGGUUACGCCUCGCGACCUGAGUGGGCAGGCCACUACCCGCAACCAGGUAUGCAUUAUGGCCACCCUGCGACUUCAGGUCCCCCUGCACCUGCGAUGGUUUCUCCGGUACAGCGACCCCCAACUGGCGGACAUCCGCUAUCCACAGUUUAUUCUUUUGUUCCCAUUCCCGGCGCGCAACAGCAUAAGCGACCACGCCGGCGAUAUGAAGAAAUUGAGCGAAUGUACAAGUGCGGCUGGAAUGGUUGUGAAAAGGCCUACGGGACAUUGAACCAUUUGAAUGCACACGUCACUAUGCAAUCGCAUGGUGCAAAGCGCACACCAGAAGAAUUCAAGGAAAUCCGGAAAGAGUGGAAGGCGAAGAAGAAGGAGGAAGAGGCCGCACGCAAGGCUGAUGAAGAGCGACACCGGGCCGACGUGCAGCAACGCGCUCACGAGGGAGGCGCGCCCGAAGUCCCUGCCUACGGACAGAUGCGACAGGCAGUCGGUGUGCCCGGGCAACCUCCUCAACACCCUCAACUCCCUCCCAUCGGGUAUCAACCUGCCGCCUCUGGAAACACGGCUGCUCCUCAGUACGGCACUCAGAGUCCGGGUCUUCCUGACGGCAUGGCUCAGUAUGCCACCCCCAGCAGCAAUGCAUACAACAGUCCCAAUAGUAACAGCAGCAGUUACCCACAAUCACCCUACGGACAGAACCCGCAAAUGUAUCAGCAAAACCACUAG